AUGAUAAGAAAAUAAUUUAACCCAAACAGUUGUAAUUAAGGUGGCAAAUAAUAAAUUGAUACCCUACAAGAGAAGCAUAUUAUAGCACUCAUCAACUCUAAACCUCAAGUGCUAAUUAAACCACCUCAUCCCCAUGUUGAUGCAAACAAACCUCACUCCCUCAAAGAUAAACAAGAUUUUACAGAAAUCAAUGAAACAUACCGUCGUGUGUAGGCGUUGAAAGCAGGUUAUUCUGAUAACAAAAUGCCCAAAACUUUCAUGAUGAAAGAGUCAUUGAAGAGGAAAAAUAAAGUUUCCCAAUUUAUACAAGAAUAAAAUCAUUGCAAUAACAUCAAGGCUUUGGAAAAUAAUAUUUAAGAGAUCUCCACAAGAACUCAAAAAAAUAUAUAGAGAAUCAAAUCUAAUUCAAAAAUGCACAGUGUAGCCUCAUCCAUUAAGGACAAUUCGAGGAUCAGCAAGAGAGAAUGGGAAGAGAAGUCCUCUCAUCCUUUGGAAUAUGAAUGGAACGAAAAAAAGACCAGAAUCAGCUUUUAAGGGGACACAGUUUUAUCCAAUGUUUUUUCGUUUGAUCAGAGUCUCUAAAAAUAAUAAACUAACUCCAAAAGGAAUUAAAAGGAUGUGCCUUUAGACUAUGCUGAUAUCCAAUUGAAUGAAGAUAUGAAGGAUGAAGAUUUUUUCAUCUAAACUGAUGCUCAACCACUCCAGAAUGAAAAUGCCAUCUAGUCAUCCUACUCUGCUAUAGUAGACAAAAAAACGAAAUCCACAACCAAUGUAGUCAUUCCUUUAGUGAGACCAAAUGAAAAGAUGAAUGACGUUAAACGCAAAAUUUAUUAAACUUUGAUGGAAUAUAAACUAUUUUAAAGGGAUUAAGUUUAUUAAAUAGGAUUGGCAUAUGUCAACAAAAAUUAAUGGCUUGAUGAAAAUGAAAUUCUCUUGGAGUGCAACAGGAUAUCUAAAGAAUUGUAUGGAGUUGAAUGA